AUGGCCGAGCUCCAAGCAGAAGUCCGAAGACUUGCCGAGCUCUCCACACAGAAUAACGCAGGAAAGCACGAGGAGAGUAGCUCUAAAAGCUCGGCCCUGGGAAACUCAGACCCCUUGAGCAUCACCCCGCCAAAGGAAAAGCUGACGCUAGACAACCCCUUCUCCGAAGAAAUCACAAACUUCAAGAUGCCGAAGAAUUUCGUGUUGCCUAACUCCCUGGAGCCUUAUAAGGGGAUUGGUGACCCCCGAGCUCACAUUAAAAAAUUUCAAUCCAUGAUGUUCUUCAACGGCGCUAAUAAUGAGCCUAUACUUUGUCGUUCUUUUCCCACUUACCUUGAUGGUGCUGCUUUACUGUGGUUCUCUAAAUUAUCUGCAGGAUCAAUUUCUUCCUUUAAAGAGCUGGCGAGGUCUUUCAUUAAUUACUUCGCCGCAUCAAAGAUAUACGUACACGGAUCAGACUACCUCAGCACUAUCAAACAAGGACAACACGAGAGCCUGAAGGACUGUAUGACACGAUUCGCCAAGGUAACUAUAGAGAUUCCAGACCUCAGUUCCGAGGUCCACCUGCACGCACUUAAAAGCGGCCUCUGUCCUGAAAAAUUUCAAGAGACUAUAGCCGUGACCAAGCCAAAGACUUUAGCAGAAUUUCGAGAAAAAGCAGUUGGACAGAUGGAAAUAGAAGAGCUUAGAGAAGCUCGGCGGAUCAAUAAACCAACUCAAUCAAAAGAAGAUUACCAGGAGGAUCUUUUUGAAUCAACAAAUUGA